AUGGCUGGAGAAGUAGCCAGAAGGGAUCUACACGUUGCUGCAACAGAUGGAGACGUCAGAGGAUUUCUUGGGCUGCUUCAAGAAGAUCCAUAUCUUCUUGAAGAAGUUUCAUUUGCAUGUUCGAGAAAUCUUCUUCACAUAGCGGCGAUGCGUGGACAAGUAGGCAUUGUUAGAGAGGUGUUGAGGAUCAACUCACAACUAGCUCGAUAUCUAGACUCCCAGAAAUCAUCUCCUCUUCACAUUGCAGCAGCGCAGGGGAACGUCGAGAUCGUGGAGGAGUUGUUAUUAGCAGCCCCAGAGAUGUGCUGGUGGCGUGACGGCCAAGGUAUGAACCCGGUUCAUAUUGCAGCCAUGAAUGGGUAUGUUCGGAUAUUGGAAGUGCUGAUCGGUGUAGAUCCGUUUCCUGCUGCGGAGAAGUUGGAUCGUGGGCAGACCGUGUUGCAUUUGUGCCUCAAACAUCGUCAAGUUAAGGCUUUUCAAUUGUUGGUGGACAAAUUCGGUGAGCUUGUGAAUGUAGAGGAUGAUGACGGGGAGAUGGUGCUGCAUUCGGCUGUUCGCUUCAGGCGAGAGGAGGAAGUACAAUACUUGGUAGAAAACCACACAACAUAUGAGCUGCCAACGAACUCCAAGGGCAAAACAGUGCAGCAAAUCUCUAGAGAGAGCUCACAAGACACUUCUGUCAGAAUCGACGAAAUUCUAUCUAACAGGGUGAGUUAUUCCGGCAAGCCCACCGGUUUCGCGGGAGAAUGA